CCAGGCUCAUGUAUUAUUUGCAUUGCGUAUGUUAUACAAUUGAAUAUGACGAUAAUGAUAUUGAAUGAUAUACAAAUUUUCGAAAUUAUGCAGAUUUAUCUGCCGCUGAAGAUCGAAUGGUACUUUAUUUAUGUUAUACAUUAAGUCCAGAUGUAUUUGAAGAUAAAGUCUUUUUUCAAUCAGAUGCACUAUGUGGUAAUAGUGGCAAUAGAAUAUAUGAAAUUGGUCAAGUACAACACACACUCGUGGCUGCACAAUCGAUUGUUGGUGCCGGACGAACACGACGUGUUAAAAAAAUAAUGGCCUAUAAACAAUCGUGGAUGAAUACAUAUUAUAUUCAGCCGAUGAGAAGACGAGCUGCAUACUACCAAGCACUUCGACAAAUAUCAACAAGUUGCACAAUAUGUUAG